AUGUUUCGCAAUUACGGCUAUCGCAUUGAAAAGGCAUCUAGCCAACGCAGUGACUACGGUCCCAGAUCUGCCUUCGACAACAAACCUGUGAGGAACAGACCUACCAAGAAGAAGGUUAAAUACUUCGCUCACAUUCAUUUCACACCUUCAGAUCCCAAACGAGGCCCCGAAAAACGAGAAGCAGCGUGGCUCCAGGCAGAGAAACUCGACGCGCCAGCUCUCAUGUCUGCUUCAAUCAAAGAGGCAGCUGAUGAUUGGGACUGCAAGGGAUGCAGCCUGAAGGUUCGUAUGCUGGCGGACAAGUUCAACCUGAAACUCCAUGAUGAGCUCAGUGCAACCCCUACCCCUCAAUUUACCCCUUCUCUUGGUACUUCUGACGGUCACAUAGAUGUCAACCCUCCUCCUUUAUCUUCUGGCGAGAUUUAUGAGGGUCUAAGUAGCUUUGUUUCGCGGAACAUCGAGGGUCACAGACGACAAACUCUGGAAAGAGAUGCAGGUGAUGGCCAGCCCUUUUACGGAAUCCAUCAAGCCCAUUUUGAUCUGAGCCGAGGAGAGUCGGUCAAGGUUCACAUGCGUCAAUCAGACCGAGUGUACGGAAGACAUGAUCUCACACCCGGAACAAUCAUCUCUGCUCCUUUCCACAGCCAAUACCGUUACAAUACUGUCUCGACAGAUAACCACAACACCGCAGUCUCGGCAUUUGGCGCAAUCCACUCCAAGUACCGUAAGAUGGUAAUCAUCGAGAGUUGGGAUGAGCAUGUUAGCUGCCUGCCCAUUUACACGUACAAUGGUUGUGGUCUCGCGUCUCGUCUAGACAUGGUAAGUGAGUACAUGGAUAUCCGCGACGCUGACGAAAGGAAUCCUUUGGAAGGUGACACUGGCGAAGAGCCUUUGCUCGCCGUUCGCGACGACGAAUGGUUCGGUAAAAACACAUUCAUUGCAGGUAGGUCGGUUGUCAAGUUGACUGAAAGGACUGCGCACAUGCUUUUCCAGAAGUGCUCCAUCGAGGGCAGGGUCAAGACAGCGCAUUUCCGCCGGCUGUACAAAGAACUGAAUAAGUUGAUUCAGGCAAAGGCUCUAGAAUUCUGUCCUUAG